AUGGUGUUCGGACCCAGUGGCUCCUGUGACCCCUCCUCUGUUGACCUGGGACCCUUGGAGAAAAUCAUGAUGAAGGAGAGCGUCCAUCUCCUGCCUGCCAAGGUCAGGACGGCCCAGUGGUCCUGCAGCUCCGUCCUGCACAGCGAAAAUCUGCCCAAUUUGAAAAGGUGGAAUCCUAAAGCCUGGAUAAAUAACAGAAACAGUGUUUCAAUCGCGCGAUAUCUGAUGACAUAUGAGCUGAGAAAACGAUCCGACAUCAACAGACCGAACUCAUCACCACAGACCAGCAUCAUCCCUCUUAUCAGAGUUCCCUCAAACUGUCAGAGGGAUAUCAACUUGUUGACCUUUGACCCUGAUGGAGAUAAUGUUCAAUGCAGAUAUGGAUCCAAUCCCAGUGACUAUGAGUGCUACACCUGCACAGCACCGUCUGUCCUCAGUGUCUCAUCAGCUUGUUCUCUAUCAUUCAGUCCAACUAACAGCAGCAAUGAAGGUUCAUAUGCAGUUCAGCUGAUGAUGGAGGAUUUUCCCAGAUGGUCAAUCACUUUGACUCAUUAUAAUGGUUCAACUUAUUCAUGGAGCCCCAGCAACUUCAUGAGCCAAAUCUCUGUCCAGUUUGUUUUCAAAGUGGAUCCUGCAGCUCCGUCCUGCACAGCAGGUGAAUAUCUGCCCAGGUUUCUGCCUCCAACUCCUGAACAUGGAGCUCAGUUCUUCAUAGACCUUGAUGAGACGAUAGAAAUCAGCAUCAGAGCAGAGGCGACUCAGUCUGUGAUCACUGGGAUCCAGUUCAAUGGACCGCUCAACAUGGCCAAGAGUUCAUCUGGUUCAGGAAAUUUCACCCUGAGAUGGACGCCGUCUUUCAGUCAAAAUGAUGAUAAUGAAAGUCAUCCCAUCUGUUUUGCUGUCCAGGCAACUGCCUCCAGUUCUGUCUACCAGUCUGAGCUUCGAUGCGUCAUUGUGAGGGUUGGAAACAUACCUUUCAUAGCGACUCCAUCUCCUCCUCCUAAAACAUCUCAUGUUAAGGUUGUGAAGCUGAAGAUCAAGACUUCGAUGUCACUGAAAGACAAACAAGAUGAACUGGAGAAAGCGAUUCAAGAUCAACUGAUUACAGGAGGGCUGCCUGCAGACAUAAAGGUUCACCUGCUAAGCUUCGGUAUAGCUAAUAAAACAGCUGCCCCCUAGUGGCCAAACAGGAGAAUGAAUCUGAUCCCUGCAGGAAAUUUGAUUUAAUCUUCUUGUAUAUUUUAAAUACUUCAGGGAGUUUUGGUUGUUUUCAGUAAUUUAGUCUGUCAAUAGUUUUUUUUU